AUGGUCAAGAACGUUCCGAAGACGGAACUCAUGUCGGAGAAACAAUGGAGGAAACUGGGUGUUCAGCAAAGUGAAGGAUGGAUACAUUACAUGAUUCAUCGGCCGGAACCACAUAUUUUGCUAUUUCGUCGAUUGAAAAAUCGAAACGUGUUAACAGCACAGGGAAAUGCUGAGAAUAAUAUUGAAUACAUGGAUUGCAAUGUACAAGAAGUUAAAGACGAACUUAUAAAUGUUCAAGAAUAUGUAGCGGAAAUUUAA